CGUUUACCAACACUGGCCCGCAGCUGAAUAACAAAAAGUUGGGCAAAUAGCGUAAAAUUAGCUGAAAAAUGGACUAAAACAAAGACAAGGAACCGUGAUCAGAGUGCAAACAGAGUCUGCAUGAACUAUCUAACGAUUCUGCUGUGCAACCGAAAACCGACGAUGCUCUCGCGGCGCAGCAAGGAGAAAUCGCAGUCGCACAAGGAGGGCGUGGUGGGGAAGUACAUGAAGAAGGACACCCCGCCGCAGAUUCCGGUGAUCAAUGUGUGGACCAGUGACCAGCGGGCCAACAAGAAGAAGUCGCUCCAGCGCUGCGCCAGCACCUCGCCCAGCUGCGAGUUCCAUCCGCGCAGCUCGAGCACCAGCCGGAACACCUACUCCUGCACGGACUCCCAGCCGGACUACUAUCAUGCGCGGCGUGCCCAGAGUCAGAUGCCGCUGCAGCAGCACACGCCGCUCGGCCAUAAUCCCCACUCGCUGCCCCACCCCGCCGCCGCCGCCCCCCAUCCCCAUGUGCACACGCAUCCGCCCCUGCCGCCCCACCAGUUCCGGGCCAGCAGCAACCAACUGAGCCAGAGCAGCAGCAACUACGUGAACAUCGAGCAGAUCGAGAGGAUGCGCCGCCAGCAGUCGUCGCCCCUGCUGCAGACCACAUCCUCUCCUGCCCCCGGAGCCGGGGGAUUCCAGCGCAGCUACUCCACCACCCAGCGGCAGCACCAUCCGCACCUGGGCGCCGCCAGCUACGAUGCCGACCAUGGCCUGCUGAGCGCCUCCUAUGCCAACAUGCUGCAACUCUCCCAGCGGCCCCACUCGCCCGCCCACUACGCCGUUCCUCCGCCGCCGCAGCAGCAGCAGCAUCCUCAGAUCCACCAGCAGCACGCCUCCACGCCCUUCGGCUCCACACUGCGAUUCGAUCCGGCCGCCAUGUCCAUCAGGGAGCGACAGCCGCGGUACCAACCCACAAGGUCCCCAAUGCAGCAGCAGCAGCAACAGCUACAGCACCAGCAACUGGCGGCUCAUCUGGGCGGCAGCUACUCCAGCGACUCGUAUCCGAUCUACGAGAACCCCUACCGGGUCUCCUCGAUGCGCGCCACCCAGUCGCAGCGCUCGGAAUCUCCGAUCUACAGCAACACGACGGCCUCGUCGGCCACGCUGGCCGUGGUUCCGCCGCACCACCACCAGGGUCACCUGGCUGUGCCUUCGGGCAGCGGCGGCGGAGGAGGAUCGCUAAGCGGCAGCGGUCGUGGCGGAAGCUCUGGUAGCGUUCGCGGCGCCUCUACCUCAGUGCAAUCGCUGUUCGCCCCGCCGCGAACUCCGCCCAGUGCGGCUGGCGGAGCGGGAGGCAGUGCCAAUGGAGGCAAUGGCUCACUGCAGAAGGUGCCGUCCCAGCAGUCGCUCACGGAGCCCGAAGAGUUGCCACUGCCCCCCGGCUGGGCCACGCAGUACACGCUGCACGGCCGGAAGUACUACAUCGAUCACAAUGCCCAUACCACGCACUGGAAUCAUCCGUUGGAGCGCGAGGGACUGCCGGUGGGCUGGCGGCGGGUGGUGUCCAAGAUGCAUGGCACCUACUACGAGAACCAGUACACCGGGCAGUGCCAGCGGCAGCAUCCGUGCCUGACAUCCUACUACGUCUACACCACGUCGGCUGAGCCACCGAAGGCCAUCCGGCCGGAGGCCUCGCUCUACGCUCCGCCCACCCACACUCACAACGCCCUGGUGCCGGCCAAUCCGUAUCUGCUCGAGGAGAUCCCCAAGUGGCUGGCCGUCUACUCGGAGGCGGACUCCUCCAAGGACCACCUGUUGCAGUUCAACAUGUUCAGUCUGCCGGAGCUGGAGGGCUUCGACAGCAUGCUGGUGCGGCUCUUCAAGCAGGAACUGGGCACCAUCGUAGGCUUCUACGAGCGCUACCGUCGCGCUUUGAUACUCGAGAAGAACCGACGCGCUGGCCAGAACCAGAACCAGUGACCAGGUGACGACUGAAUCAGACCGCAUACCGCAUACCGCAUACUCGCUGGCAGCUACAUAGUCUAUAGUGUCCUGCAAUCGACCUUUAACUUAUUUAAUCAUCUACUCAUCGCGAAAUCAGUGCCUUAGACAAGACAAAACGAGGAGGAGGAAGAGCAGGAGGGAGCCCAAGCUAAUCCAUGACAGUUCGAGUGCCUUGAUUCAACGUAUAUGUAAAUGUGUUACGUUCGAUAUAUUCUUAAAUGUGAUUUGAGCUUGGCGUUUGUUUGUAAAAUGUGAAAAUUAAACUGGUUUACUGAUCA